AGAAGAACGCCGGGACACAUGUGUUCAGGUGUGUGUUUGUUGUGACACCACGGUGUGUUUAAGAGGACUCAGCAGAGCAGAGUGGUGACAAGCGGGUCAAAGCGGGUUGUGGUCGCUGUCAGCUGCACGGUUAGUGCCGCCGCUUGUUGAGGUUCGUCACCAUGGGCCACACCAGCCUGCAGAAGAUCAUCGCACUGCAGAGAAACCCUGCAAACAUCAGGAACCUGUGCAUCCUGGCUCAUGUAGACCAUGGCAAAACUACUCUUGCCGACUGCUUAGUGGCAAGUAAUGGCAUCAUAUCCAGUCGACUGGCUGGGAAGCUGAGGUAUCUGGACAGCAGAGAGGAUGAACAGAUCAGAGGAAUCACAAUGAAGUCCAGUGCCAUCUCUCUGCACUGCACACAUGGAGAUCAGGAGUACUUACUAAAUCUGAUCGACUCUCCGGGUCACGUCGACUUCUCCUCGGAGGUAUCCACUGCUGUCAGGUUGUGUGACGGUGCCAUCGUAGUUGUUGAUGCUGUCGAGGGUGUGUGUCCACAGACCCAAGUUGUGUUGCGUCAAGCAUGGCUGGAGAACAUCCGGCCUGUUCUAGUCAUCAAUAAAAUCGAUAGACUCAUCCUGGAGCUGAAACUCAGUGCUCAGGAAGCCUACACCCACUUGCAGAAGAUUCUGGAACAGGUGAAUGCAGUGACAGGUUCUUUGUUCACGUCCAAAGUGCUAGAGGAGCGAGCAGAGAAAGAGGAGGAGAAAGAGAGGGAUAUAGCCAGUGGUGAUUAUGUUUACGACUGCAGCGCUGGGCUGGAGGAGGCAGAUGACUCCCUCCUCUACUUCUCUCCUGACCAAGGGAAUGUGGUGUUUGCCAGCGCCAUGGAUGGAUGGGGUUUCAGCAUCCAGCAGUUUGCCCACAUCUACAGCCAGAAAAUGGGCAUUAAAGCAGCAGUGCUGCAAAAAACCCUGUGGGGAGAUUUCUACCUCAAUGCAAAAGCAAAAAAGAUCAUGAAAGGAGCUCAGGCCAAAGGAAAGAAGCCACUGUUUGUGCAGCUCGUGCUGGAUAACAUUUGGAGUUUAUAUGAUGCAGUUGUCACUCGGAGGGACGCGGAGAAGGUGGAGAAGGUUGUGACAUCACUUGGGGUAAAGGUGAUGGCCAGGGAUUCUCGUCACUCUGACCCCAAAGUCCUCUUGGCUGCCAUCUGCAGCCAGUGGUUACCGGUAUCCCAAGCUGUCCUUUCAAUGGUGUGUGAGAAGCUUCCCAGUCCCUUAGACAUCGCAGCAGAGCGCGUGGAGAAACUGAUGAGUGUUGGAGCACGACGGUUUGACUCAUUGCCCAAACAAACUCAGGAAUUAAAAAGAGCAUUCCUACAGUGUUCCAGUGGAGAAAAUUCUCCAGUUAUCGUCUUUGUGUCCAAGAUGUUUGCUGUGGACACCAAGGCCUUGCCUCAGAACAGACAGAGACCGUUAACCCAGGAGGAAUUAUCCCAGCGCAGGGAGCUUGCUAGACAGAGACACGCUGACAGGAUGGCAGCUGAUCAGGCAGCAACAGAGAGCAACAAAGAGCUCAUCCACACAGGGCGUGUGCCACAGGAAGGCAUCAGCACAGCUAAAAUGGAGAGUCUGACAUUGAAAGACUCAAAGCCAGAGGAGGAAGAGGAGCAGAAGGAGACCUUUGUCGCCUUUGCCCGGGUCUACAGCGGGACGGUCAAGAAAGGGCAGAGAAUAUUUGUGCUAGGACCAAAGUAUGACCCUGCCCACGGCCUGCGCAUGCUUCCAGAGGGUUGCAGUGCUUCAGACGAUGUGUGCGAGGUGCCUCAUUUGUCCUGUUGUACUAUGGAAAGCAUCUAUCUGCUGAUGGGCCGAGAGCUAGAAGAGCUGGAGGAGGUGCCUGCAGGAAACAUCCUGGGUGUUGGAGGUCUGCAGGAGUGGGUCUUGAAGUCAGCCACCCUAUCAACCUCCCCUGCCUGCCCCCCCUUCACCCCACUCAACUUUGAGGCCACGCCCAUCGUACGGGUAGCAAUAGAGCCCAAACAUCCAAGUGAGAUGCCAAAGCUAGUGCGUGGAAUGCGUUUGUUGAACCAGGCAGAUCCCUGUGCUGAGGUACUGAUCCAGGAAACAGGAGAACAUGUUCUGGUCACUGCUGGUGAGGUUCAUCUCCAACGCUGCCUGGAUGACCUCCGAGAACGGUUUGCUAAAAUUGAAAUCAUCGCAUCCAAGCCCAUCAUUCCAUUCAGGGAGACUGUGGUACGUCCUCCUAAAUUGGAUAUGGUGAAUGAAGAACUGGGAAAGCAGCACAAAGUAGCCAUCAUUCACCAGGUAAAAGAAGAGGCCUCACAGGGCCAUUCAUCAGACAACCUCCACGUGGACCCCAGUGGUCUGGUGACCCUCGAUACUCCCAACAGACUGUCCACUGUCAGCGUCCGGGCAAUCCCCCUGCCACACGAGGUGACCUGUCUGUUGGAGAGUAGCUCUGAGCUGAUCCGGACUCUGGAGCAGGUCAACAUGUCCCUGAGAGAGGGGAAGAGUCUGGAUGUCAGCCUCAGGACCCUGGAAGCCAUCGCUGGACUCAAGACCCAGCUGGAAAGCCUGCUGCAGGGGAGGAAGUGGAGGAACACCGUGAAGCACAUCUGGGCUUUUGGUCCUCGCAGGUACGGCCCCAACAUCCUACUGAACAGUGUGGAGGGCUAUCAGCGGCCCUCAGUGUGGCAGUGUCUGAGCAGGGGAGACAAAGUUAUCGAGGCUGGAGCUCAGGCCGCUUUUCUGCGAGACUUCGACAACAGCAUCAUCAGCGGCUUCCAACUAGCAACUCUGUCAGGGCCCAUGUGUGAGGAGCCCCUAAUGGGAGUUUGCUUCUCUGUUGAGAGGUGGGACAUCCAGUCUUCAGCCCAAUCUCAGAAUCAUGACUCUGUGGAGAAGGGCUCCAUAUCUCCUGAGGAUUUGGCGCACCACAAAGUGGAAAGAAGAAGUGAGACUUCACAAGCGGAGGGCACAGCAGCAGGGCCGGGCCAUGCCAGACGCAGACCAGAGGCUAACGCUGCAGACUGCUACGGGCCGGUCUCCGGCCAGCUUAUCGCUGCCAUGAAGGAGGCCUGCCGUCAUGCCUUCCAGGCUCAGCCUCAGAGACUCAUGGCCGCCAUGUAUACCUGUGAGAUCAUGGCCACCGCUGAGGUGUUGGGCCGAAUGUAUGGUGUACUGGGGAAACGUGAGGGUCGCGUCCUCCAUGAAGAGAUGAAGGAAGGCACAGAUAUGUUCAUCAUUAAAGCCGUUCUGCCUGUGGCUGAAAGCUUUGGAUUUGCUGACGAGAUCCGCAAGAGGACCAGCGGCUUGGCCAGUCCACAGUUGGUCUUCAGCCACUGGGAGGUUACUGGCAGUGACCCAUACUGGGUUCCCACCACUGAAGAAGAGUACCUGCACUUUGGUGAGAAAGCAGACUCUGCCAACCAGACGCUCAAAUACAUGAACGCUGUCCGCCGCCGUAAAGGUCUCUACGUGGAGGAGAAGAUAGUGGAGCAUGCAGAGAAGCAAAGAACACUCGGCAAGAACAAGUAGAGAAGAAAACGCAGACGAGCAGCUUCUCCUGCCAGGCUGUCGGACACUGAUGCAGGAUACUGUGUUGCAGUUUCUGUGUUUUCACAGAUACAUGUAUCACAUCACUGCAGCAGAGGAACCACAGUUUAAACAGCAAACUGCAGUUACACUUUCUUACAUUUUCUUGUGCUGCAGAAUAAAUAUAUUUGAAUCUGA